AUGAGCUCCGCCAUUCCCUCUCCCUCGUCAGGCGUCGGGUACCCGGUCCAAUCGGUCCAGGCAGCGCAGGUGGACAAUGCGGACACGCCUCCCGGCGGACUGCGCCUACCUGUUAUCGUCGGAAUCGUCAUUACGAGCGUCUUCGUCAUCGUCGCUCUUAUCGUCGGGCGGUAUUGGCUGCGGCACAGACGCGCCAAGGCGGGCAGGCAGGAUGCGAGGCAUAUGAGGGAGAUUGGGAGGGAGCAAGGCGGAGGCGAAGGCGGAGCAUGGGCGUUCGAGACGGCGGUGCAGAGUGCGCCGCCCAUGGUGGAACGCCAUCUGGCGUUACCCACUGCAUCGUCCCGAGGCAACUCUCACCGGGGCAGCACGUCCACCUGGGCGGACGACUCGGAGAUGGACAUGAUGGCAACGGAUGGAUCUACCAUCGCGCGGACCCUAUCCACACGGUCUACCUCGUCGGUAUCAACCAUCCGCACCACCAACCGCGACACCCUUGAUCAUCCCGGAUACACCUACCCCACUCGCUCGGCGUUUUCCACGCUUCCCUCUGUUGGCCGGUCCAACUCGUCUCGCUCCCCUCACACCCUCAUCUCUCCCUUCUCCGACCCCUCUCCUACCAGCACCACCCUCUCCCCAUUCGCCGACACCCACACCGCUUCCUCCUCUACCACCCUCCCCCGCGCCCCAUCCCGCGUUUCCACGGUCUCGUCCGAAAAUCCCUUCCAGGACCCUCUGCCGGUGUACUCGCUCGAGGCCCAGCGGCUGUCGGAAGUUCUUAGCCCCUUUGACGUGCCAAUCAUAGGGCAGGGCGGGCUGGAGAGGCAACUGCAGAGGCCUCCGCCGGCGUAUGUCGAGAGGGACCGAGGGGCGAGGUAG